AUGUUUAAACUUUCGUCUGACAGUUCUUUGUCUCCUACAAAGUCGCGAACCUCUGUUGAGCCAGCCCUGGUACAACGCUUCGGCAGGUUGGUUUUUUUGGCGCGUCCAAUUUACUCGGCUUUUGAAAAAAAGUCUGAGACGGUCACGGAAAUGAAAGCAUCUUUCGUUACCAUUCGUACUACUUUAAUUUUAUCGGAUGGUCAAUGUCCACCAAGUGUCAUGGAGAAGAUAUUGGACGAUAAACUAGAUUGUCUAAAAUGUGGAUUGGAUUACUUUGACCAAAAGAAGCUGACUGCCCCUCCACCAUUAACGAACAAUAAACAACCUUUCGAGUUAACAGAGUCAAAUGUUAGUAGUUUGAUUCAGCUUGAUCAAUCUUUUUGCAAGGAAUUAAUUCACAGUUUCCAAGAGGAGAAUGUUACGUGGUCCCAGUGGAACGAUUUUGAACUGAAGGAAAAGUUUAUACAACAUUAUUUCGAAGAACGCAGCAGUAUCAUCGAGAUAUUAUGUUACCUAUUUUUUUCUGCGCAAGACCCGGAGAAAGUCUACCACGAUUUAGCGAGAGAAAUAAUUCAGAAUCAUUUUUUGGACGAUGUUUUUACGGAAAAUAUAUUUGAUCAGUUUCAGAGAAAAUCACGAUCCUCCGUUCCUCAAAAUUUCUUGGCUACAGACAUGGCAUCAAUUUGGGCAAUACAAUCUGUUAAGGAACAAAAAGUUUUAUUGGAUCUCUUAUUUAUACGAUACGCGGUCAAAUCUCCCGAACAUUCAAUACACCUAUUGUUGUUAAAGUUUUUACAGCAUUCUCUUAAUACAAGGUUCGGUAAAGAUCAACCUAUCGAACAAUUUCUUGAUAACAUUGGCAGGGAGAUGGUUUCCCAAGUUCAUGAUCUUAGUCAAAUUCUUAUAAUAAUAAUACUCUUCGUCGAAUUCAAAGUUGAUACUAUACUUCCUUCGGCACCUUUGCAUUUAAAACAAACGGCACCACAAAAAGACAUAAUGGUAGUGAAUGAGAUCGCCUUAAAAAUGGGAAAUGAUCAAACACAUGGAAUUUUCUUAUGGAUUUGGUCAUCAUAUCUAUCGCAUCUACAGGCCUUCUUUGACGAAACAAGUUGGCCAUAUGACUAUCAGGAUCUUGAAACAAUCGCGAAUAAUAUAGUCAGGGAUUGCGGAAUCAAGGCAUUCAAGCUUGAUGUUAUUAGUAACAUUCUACGUAUUUUGAAAGGUUCUUGUUUUCAACCGGAUGAACCAUACAUCACAGGAUACAAAUUAGUGUUUAAACAUUUCUUCAUGUCAAUUUUCGAAGCAUACGAAGUAAAUCAUUUAGUAGAUUAUAAUGGCCUAAUCGAAUGCUUCGCAUUAGUUUUCGGUGAAUAUGGACCUUGUCAAGAAUUUUGGGAAGAGGACUUUGAUCACCCAAAACGUAGAUCAUUGUUAGAUUUGGCGAUAACUAGGUUCCCGCAACAAUUUCAUCCUCUCAUGCGACUGCUCAUUGCCCUCGCCUCCGAUGAAGCCUCCGCGAAAUAUAUCUUUGAAUUUUUUCAAUCACUGCCCGUGUGCUGCUAUUCAGCUGCUGAAUAUCAACUUUCUACUGCUUUGAACAGCGCGUACAUAGUGUAUGCAAAACAACCUAUUAAAAUUCUCGAGAACAUUUACCAGAAAACUAUUACGAUCCCACAAGGAACAUGUGGUAACGUGGUUUCGCUUGUGAAUGGGGAAAAAAUCGUACGCUGGAAAAUCAACUAUUCGGCUUGGCAACUUUUUAUUGGUAUGCUUGAAUCUUUUCCACUAUCAGAAAUCGAAGACAUAUCGACCGAUGAUGAUACCAGAAUAUCUCGGAUCCGGGAAAUUUUACAACUCAUUAAUACAAUGUUAAUCAAUGCACCGGGUCUUGUCGAACCAAUGGUAGAACAUUUAGAUUCUUUCAAAGAAAUGAAUGAACCCAAUAAGGAUCUUUCUGAAAUUAUUUUUGAGGUGAUCAAGAAUGUACUAGAUGUCUCUAGAAUUUCGAGUGGUGAAAUUGAGUUGGUUGCAAAUGGCUUUAAAUGUUUAAAAGCAUUGUUACCCUACUUUGGAAAAAAAAUCAUACUAUAUCUUAAGCAAUCGAGCCUUUUACCGAAUGAAAGUGCAAACGACUUGAUGGCAGAUGACGUUCAGUCAAUCGAUCAAUUACAAUAUUUAUUGAUGGAAAAAGAAUGUGUUUCGGGUAGUUACCCUGUGACCAUUGCAUUCUUAGACCUUGUGAUAGGUAUAUUGAGCAAUGUUGAAAGGGAUUAUUUGGUUGUUGAUCAAGAAAUUUGGACAAGCCCUCUAGAAGUUCUUCGUUCAUGUGUUUCUUACGUCUUGAACGUUAUUUUUGUGUCAUUUGAUCACUGGCGUUAUAAUAAUCCUCUGGAACGUGUUCAAAUUGGUUCAAAAUGUUUAGAGAUAUUUAACAGAAUUAUGCUCGGUUGUCCUCCAGUUAAGGGACAUAUCAAAUAUAAUGAUCCCAUGGUAUGCACAAAAGAAAGUGACCUUCAACAUUCACUCAAAGAGUAUGUCGCGAGUAACUUUUUGACAGACGGAGGAUUGUAUCACGCCCUUCCGCUAUUCUCAAUAAUCGAAAAAGGCAAAGAAAGUCGAUAUUAUCUAGGAAAGAACUCUAAUUACCAAAUGGUACAGGGGUCGACCAAUUUGCUUGAGCUAGCGCUGCAAUUUCUUUUAAGGUUGCUCAAAUUUCACAAGCUGACAAACACUGAAUCAUCGUGGCUAGAGAUCACAUUGUUGGAUAGGACAACCGGAAACAAUAGAAGAGGGUUGAUAUUUGUAAUUGCUUCGCUCAUAAAGUACACCGGUAGUUUUAGUGUUCCAAUCAUGGCAUGCGAGUUGCUGGCCUUGCUUUUCACGUUGUCAAUCAGAUCCAUAUCAAAUUGUCCGUCGUUAAGUGGUCUUUUUGGAAAUGAUACAGAGUCAAAAGAUUUGUUGACAGCUUAUCUAUAUAGGUUGAAGAAAGAAGUUCAGGCACCAGAUUUGCAGGUGGCGAUAUUAAAUUUUUUCACUGUCGCUACACAAGCACAAUCGGGUCCGAUUAUUUACGGGGGAGAUGUUUUUUAUGAUUUGCUGGAUCGCAAGGGCAAAAGAAAGUCCACGGAUGCCACGCCCUCUGAUUCCGUAAUUCGAAUUAUCCUAGAAUUUCUACAAGAUUGGCAAAUCCUCUUACAGGAAAAACCUACUUUACUACUUGCUGCCACAAGAUUCCUGGAUGUUUUAUGGGAAAGCAUUCGUAAACCCGAUCAUGAAAUUCUGCAGAAAUUGCGAAAUGAUAGUAAAUUUUGGGAGAACAUAGCUUCGAUACUUUUUGCCGAUUUGAACACGGAUGUUCCGAAAAUCAAUGACUUAUAUUUAUCACAAGACGAUCUUGUCAGUAAUUCGAACAAUAUGGUUAUGCAAGAGUGUUGUCACCUUAAUAUCAAAGCUCGAGUAUUGCGGAUAUUGGCCCAUGAAAUUAGGUUUACGAAAUCAUCCACAACUCGAGGUUCGAAAGAUCUUAAUGAAGUAUUCAAAGAAACAUCUUCAGGUGGCCUAAGAACGUUAUUCGCCGAAAUUAAAGAUGCCAACAGCCUCAUUAAAUGGUUAAGAAGUUUCACUUGCAUCGAUUACGAUCCAUCCAUUCAACGUUCACUAUAUGAAAUUGCUGAUAAUUUUAUUCCUGGUAUCAAGCUAAAUCGUCUCAAUGUCUUAUAUUGGAGUGAGGAUUAUGACAUGAGCCAUAGUUACGGCGAUAGUUAUAUGUAUGACGUAAACCUAGCAAGGAAAUUGAUGACCAUACGUGAAGACCCGGAAGAUUCCGAUAAAUUUUUAUACGCCUUGUGUACAGAAAAUCACCAUUGGUCAAGGGUCGAUGCUCAAGUGGUUCUGCUCAGGUCGUGGAAGUAUUUUAUGGAGACAGCAUCGGAUAGAUUAAACGGAGCACUUUGGGUUUCGAAAAAUAACGUGAAUGUUUCUUGGCCCAUAAUGAAGGGCAUUGCAGAACGAAUUGAAGAGGAAACGAGAGAUGGACAUGUCGUCAUGUUGACAGUGCGCGACGACCUUGCAACUUUAUUAUUGCGAUUGUUGGAACAAUUUUCUAUAAUCGACGAUCAACCUAAAUCCGAAAGAGCUAUUCAAUAUGCAGAGCUAAUUACACUUUUACACAACGGAAUAAUGAGUGUCAUUUUUCCAAUACGAGAUUCCGUUGAGGGACGCUCCACGCCAGCAUUUCAUCGACCUCUAUUGCAGUCACUGUUGUUGUGCCUUCGUGCACUUAACAAUGCCGACGAUUUUUUAUCCAGUAAUGAACGAAUAUUAUCAGAAUUUCGACACACGUGUCGUUCACUUCUAUCAGAAAUUAGUGCUCUGCUGGAAUCGUUGACUAGCAGAAAUUUAAAUAAUAACUCGAUUGAAGAAGACAUUUUAACACUUAUAGCUAUCAUGGAAAAACUUAUACAACCGUUAUGUAACCCUUUUCCUACUGUUUGGCUUAAGAUACUGGAGGAUCACCAUAUCAUUAACUUAUUGCUUAGGACAUUUACGCAGUCCAUGACAUUACCAUGGAAAGAUCGUCCCAUAUAUUUUGAUAGUGUAACAUAUUUUCUUUUGUCGUUAGCAAAUGUUCCAGUUGCAGCAAAACAGUUGUAUGUUGAUGGGAUUAUGAACGAGUUUUGUAACAACAAGUUGUCAUUAUCAUUACAAGCAGGAACCGUAGUACACGACUCGAAGGAGGAUUGGCACCAAGUUUGGUGCUUCAUGUUAGCCGUGGUAACAAGUAUAUUGGGUACGAUCGAGAGUAAAGAAAGAGACAAUUUUCUUAAUAAUGUUGUAGGUUUCAUUAAUCUCUUUGUCAACCAAAUUUUGCACGCGAUGGCAUGCGAACUUCCUUUAAGCAUGCCGUACAUCGAAGAGAUAUUACGUACAACAAUGUUGUUUUAUCAAUUGUCAAUUCAUUUUGGACAACUGGAUGAGACAAGCCUUUCUCGUUUCUAUGAAGAUUCCUUGAUAACACUUUUAGCCAAGAUAAACUACCUAUUCACUCAUCCAAAAUACACAUCUCGCAUGAUAUUACCCAUGUCCCCUGAAGAGAAAGAGCAAUCCGAGACUCCUCUAUCCGAUGGAAUGAAGUCAGCUUUUAAAAAAGUUUUACCCGCAGUCGACGUGUCUUCGCCGGAUUCAAAUGAAAUGAACAGAUUUCUGCAAAAUGUUCAACAAAAGCUUUUAUUUAUUACCCGCAACAUUCUGGCAACCUACAUCAAUAUAACCAAUGCUCAAGGGGUUCUCACAAUGUCAAUUCCAAUCUGGUCGGAACAUCGUGUCUAUUUUGAGCCAUUGAUGAAGGUCUCGGAUAAAGAACCAUCCACAGUUGCAACUCUUUUGGAACUGAUGGAAUAUGGAGUAAAUUUGUUAGAGAUAUGGGAAAACUCGGUCGAAUCCAGGGACAAAAUUGACGAUUGGCAAUUCUGGCGAAUAACAUGGAGCACCACAACUACCUUUAUUGAGAUGUCUUUUAUCUUAGCGGUGUCGCAAUUGACAUCAUGUUUUUAUUCAGAGCCGUACAAAAGAAAAGACGUCCAGGACUUAAUGACAGAGGUCAGUGAACGCGUGGUAAAGGUGCAGCGCUUGGUAAAAAAAUUAUUGAACCUUGGAGCAAAAGUCAAGACCGAAGAAAUAGAGCUGAAAUCUCUAGAAGUCGUAUUACGUGGUUUACAACAAUUUAGUACCAAAACGUUAGAUUCGAUUUAG